GCGUGUCCUAAGGCGUAUGAGCGCUUUCGUGUGCUGGCGCUGCGUAGCGUUUUUUUCGUGCGCGUUUUGCUUUUUAUCAGAAAAUUAAAAAAAAAAAUAAAUUAAAUUGUCGCUGCUUUAAAUGAAGUUUGAACAGUGAAAUAAUAUCAAAAAUUUUAAAAAGUCUAAGAAAAACUGCCACCAGGCGGGCGACCAGUUAACCAAAAAGCGAACUGUGUGUGCGCUCAAAAGUAUGCAAUAACAUUCUACAUUGCAGAUAAGAGUUUUGGAAAAUAUGCACACACCAUAGAAUAAAUGAAAACCGACUACUGAACAUGGAAAUGUGUGUUACUAUUGUGAAAAACAUAAUUAAAGUUUAAAAAUUAAAGCAACCCAAAAGUAUGCCAUGAAUUUUUACUAUGCGUGGUAUUGCAAAAUGAACACGUGCGUACUGCUGUGACGUUAAGUCAGUCAGUGAAUACGCGUUGGUUUGCUGCAGUUAAAAUGUGUCAGCUGUGUACCGCCUUUGGCUACGUAAUGGAAAUUGUGUGUCAGAGUCAAGUUUUGUGAAUUUUAUAAACUAAAUGCAAUAAAGUAAAUUAUAUACAUACACUAUCAACUAAACAAAAAAAUAAGUGAAAGUAAAGAUUAGAACGUGUGAAAAUUAUCGAAAAAUAUAAAAAAAAAAACCUUACCACUACAACAUACUCAUUUGCGCACUUCAAUCCAAAGCACUCAAAUUCCAACCAUGGACGCUACAGUGAUGCUCGUCGAUGCCACGCCUACCCAAUUGGAGGUGCAACAACAGCACUUGCGUAAGAAUAGCAUGUCGCCGCCAAUACCGAGUUGUUCUGGCCUUCAUUCCUCGCUCGAUGCCGACAUCAGCUCAGGCAACAAUUCCAGCAAUAUGCAACAUCACAAGCAGCUGCAUAGCACCGCCAAUGCUGUGGCCUCAGCCAACAAUAGCGGUCAAACACCGAACUCGAAUUGCUCAUCUGGCAGUGCAUCUCCAUCAAAAAUGCUACUUGGUGGCAGUAGCGGAUCUCCGCUUUUUCUACAUCACAACAAUCUACAGCAUCAGCAUCAGCACCAACAUCAUCAUCACCAUCAUCACAACAAUGGUCAUGGCCACACUUUGCACACACUCCACCAACAUCCGGCCAUUGUUAAUUUGAAGCAAUGCGCUGUGGGUGGGGGUGGCGGCGUCGGCGUCGGCGUCGGCGGUGGAUUGGCAGGCGUUUGUUGUAACUUGAGUGGUUGCAGCUUGAGUGGCAGCAGCACACCAACACCGCCGCAACAGGCGCUACAUCACACGCUCUAUCCGCUGUUGGUGGGUGGUGGUGGCGGCGGUGGUGGCAUAAGUUCGAGUGGCCCCAGCUCGCUGGUCAACUCACCAGCUUUGGGUAGGCGUAAGCGUUACACGAGCACUUCAUCGAAUUGUUCCAGUCAAUUUAAUAAUAACUACGCUGGACUUGAUAUGGAAUCGCUGGAGGACAUGUUGAGAAAGUUAUCCGAGUUGGAGCAGCGUGUCAUUGAGGCGGAAGAACGCGCCGAGGAAGCGGAAGAUAAGGUGCGGGCUAUGGAACAGCGGCUGAGUGAAUGGCCCAAACCACCACAGUCAGCCACCAACUCGCCCAUCCAUCAAAGCCAACAACAGCAACUGCAACAGCAGCAACAACAAUCAGCGCUCGCCGCACAACAAACAGCUAGUCUUCCUACCCACGAAGCUGAGAAAACUAUAACAUCAUUGGAAAUACAAGUCGAGGAGCAGCGUCAAUUACGUCUACACGACGCGCGUCAAGUCGAAGCGAAGGCGGCCAAAAUCAAGGAGUGGGUCACCAAUAAACUACGUGAACUCGAGGAACAAAAUCAGCUGCUACGCGAACAGAAUGUCAAGUGUAAUCAACAGUUGGAAUUGCUAAAGAAUCACAUCGCCAAUCAAUCGAAUCGGCACAGCAUCAUCGGCCCACAUCCGGUGCGCAAUAGCCUAAGCUUGGAUGUGCAAGAGUUCGCCGAUACCGCAGAGGGACGACGGCGCAGCGAAAGCUUAGAUCCACAAGAGAUAAUCAAUCGGCCGUUAACCGCUUCCUAUCCACAUCAUCAGCAUCGACGCAAUCUCAGCAUGGAGCCGCAAGAGCUCGAGCGUAAUUUGGUCGCCGCUGUGGAUGGUUUAACACUCACGCCACUAGCGAGCAUCACCAAAUCAGCUACAACGCGGCCCGAUAGUUCCGACACCGACACUGCGCACGAUUAUGCAGAAAUCUAUACACCCUCGUGUGAAAAAUUGCCCGCCUGGAUGAAGAACAAUCCGGCAUUGAUGGCGAGUGGCGGCAAUUCGAGCACCACAACCACGACUAGCGGUGAUUUGGGCGUACCGCGUCCACCCACGCCGCCACUGCAUCGCUUCCCCAGCUGGGAGGCGAAAAUCUAUCAAGUGGCCAACGAUGGGCUGACGGGUGUGAGCGAGGAGAGCUUAGCGCAGCACCAGCACCACCACCAUCAACAGCAGGACGCACACCACACGCAGACACAGCCACAGCCGCCACCCGAUAUACAAGAGUCCACGAGCGGCGCAGCAUCGGCAGGCAGCAAUAGCGCGUGUAAUACGCUAGCGAAUGGUGGCGGACAUGGGCGUGCUACGCCAGCGAACAAUGGCACUUUGGGUAGCGCGCGCAGCGGUGAUGGUGGUGGUGGUGUGGGUAGCGGCGCCCCCGGCACGCCGCAGCUGCCGACGCGUCAGCAGCAGACCGCAAGCGGAGGUUUCUGUGAUAUAUCGGUGCCCGUUUAUGCCACCGUCAAGGGGCGUGCUUCGCAAAUACGUUCCAUGCCCUUUACGGGCGACUCCAGCGAUGAUUCGAGCGAUGGCGAGGAUCAUGCCGUUAUGCUAACGCACAAUUCACACAACUCAUCGAGCACUGACAAUACGGAAACAUCGACCUCGGGUAGUGCUUCGAGUCCUUCGAAGAGUUUGAAGACAUCGUCGAGCUUAAGUCCGGCCAAGCGUAGUGGUUCCGAGAGUCCUAAAAAUACGAAAGCGCGUGCUCACCAACUGCACCUAUCCACUGCACAACUCACCAACACAAACACCAACACCAAUAACAAACACAACAAUCAUUACAACACAAUGCACUCCUACAACCAAACGAAUCAUACACAUCACUUGGGUCCCUAUACCAAUACACAAACCCUACCCUUACAAACUCAGAACAACAACACCGCCAAAUCCACCUACUUCAGCACCAACAACCACUCACACACGUUUACCAACAAUCAUCUACGUCUCCCCCACAUGCGUGGAACAGUAAUUUCAGAUAUUUCCUUUGAAUCAGGCCUAUCGGAUGACUAUGCUCUGCCACCGGAUGCGGUGUCCGAGUCCACGUGCAUGGAUGCUUCUAUGCCGUCGCUUUUGAUGCGACAAUCCUAUGUGGAUUCGCCGAGCAAGAAGAUCGAGUCGCUGGAGAAGAUGGGUCACCUCGCCAAACUCGGUGGCAAAUUGAAGACUUGGCGCAAGCGUUGGUUCGUGCUUAAGAAUGGCACCCUCACCUAUUGGAAGAGUCAACAUGAUGUGAAUCGCAAGCCGCAGGGUCAGAUAAUGCUAGACGAAGCGUGUCGCAUAAAUCGCGCUGAAGGUGCUUCCACUUUUGAGAUUGAUACGGGUAAGAAGGUCUACUACCUCACCGCCGACUCGAAUGCCACGAUGGACGAUUGGAUACGCGUACUGCAGAAUGUGCAGCGGCGCAAUGCAACCAAACUGCUGCUGAGUCGUGACGAUCAGAAACCCACCGUACAGGGUUGGGUCACUAAGGUGAAGAAUGGGCAUGCGAAGAAGUGUUGGUGUGUGUUGUUGGGUAAAAUGUUCCUCUACUUCAAGGCGCCGGGCGAAACGAAUCCGCUCGGUCAAAUUAAUAUGCGUGAUGCGCGCGUCGAAGAGGUCGAACAUGUUUCCGAUUCCGAUUCGGAGGAACGUGAAGAUCCUACACAAAGCCAAGCACGUCUUACCGUCGCCAUUUAUCCUGCACAUCAAGGGCCUACAUACCUUAUAUUACCCGGCAAACAGGAACGUGAUAAUUGGCUAUACCAUUUGACUGUGGUGUCGGGUGGUGGCCCGAAUGCGGGCACACAAUACGAGCAACUCGUACAGAAACUUAUGGAGACUGAUGGAGAUCCCAAUUGUGUUCUAUGGCGCCAUCCAAUAUUAUUGCAUACCAAAGACGCCAUCACAUCACCGCUUACCUCGCUACACUCGGAAGCCAUGCAACCAGAAGCUAUUAAAUUAUUUAAGAGUAUUCAACUAUUCAUGUCAGUUGCCGUCAAUCAACCUGGCAUCGAUUAUCAUGUCGUUUUGGCACAAAAUGCCCUACAACACUGCCUGGACAUGCCCGAAUUGCAAACGGAAAUGAUUGGCAUUCUUGUAAAGCAAACAUCACGGCACACGGGCCAAAAACUGAGUGUCGGCGUCCAGGUAAACAAGAAACUGGGCAAGCAAACGCGCCAACUACUAUUGUGCGCCACGCAGAGUCUAUUCACUUGUGAUACACAACAAGGUGGCGCCGCGCAGGCCAAUGGCAGUUCACCAACAUCCAUACAGGCACCUGCACCACCACCCAUCAUCGAUUGCAAAUCAAAUCCACCUGCCUAUUCGUUCGUCCAAGGCUGGCAACUACUCUCGCUGGCCGUAUCGCUUUUUGUACCCAAAUCAAGUCGUCUUUUGUGGUAUUUGAAGUUACAUCUGUCACGUAAUGCGGACACGAAGACCGAGACUGGCAAGUAUGCUGCUUAUUGUGAACGCGCUUUGGAGCGGACGUUGAAAAAUGGCGGUCGCGAGACAAAACCCUCACGCAUGGAAGUGCUGUCCAUAUUGCUGAAGAAUCCAUAUCAUCACUCACUGCCACACGCCAUACCGGUGCAUAUGAUGAACACCACUUAUCAGGUCGUCUCCUUCGACGGCUCGACGACGAUCGAGGAGUUCCAGACCACACUCGCGCAGGAGAUUGGCACACGCGACGCUACAAAUGGUUUCUGCCUCUUCAGCGACGAUCCAAUUGAAAAAGAUCUCGAACACUAUCUCGAUCCGCUUGCCAAACUCUGCGACGUCAUCUCCAAGUGGGAGACUGCCUUGCGCGAAAAAGGUUCUGGCAAAUUUGAAAACACACGCGUCAUCCAAUUGACCUACAAGAAUCGCCUCUACUGGCGACACACCGUCAAAUUCGAAACAGACAAGGAACGUCUGCUAUUUUGCUACCAAACGAACUCACAAAUAGUGCAAGGACGUUUUCCGUUGUCGCGUGAUCUUGCGCUCGAGUUGGCUUCGCUGAUGUCACAAAUCGACAUGGGCGACUACUCGCACGAAAAAUCGCGCGGCACGGGUAGCAAUGUGGGGCUGAAAGCGCUCGAUAAAUUCUAUCCUUAUCGCUAUCGUGAUGCACUCAGUGCCGAGCAGCUGAAGGAGGUGCAAGAGCUGCUCAUUUCGAAAUGGAUGCUGCUGAAGGGACGUUCGACACUCGACUGUGUGCGCAUCUAUCUGACUUGCUGUCGCAAAUGGCCCUACUUUGGCGCCAGUCUCUUCCAAGCCAAGCCGCGUCACUCCGAUCAGGCCAUGGCAUGGCUAGCAAUCUCCGAGGAUGCGCUCAACGUGCUCGAACUCAGCUCGAUGAUACCGAUAGCGCGUUACCCUUACACGUCGGUUAUGACUUUUGGUGGCUGUCAAGAUGACUUCAUGCUGGUCGUCUCGAGCGAGGAUACGCUGGCGGCAUGCGGCCAACAGGAGCAGAAAUUACUCUUCGCCAUGAGCAAGCCAAAGAUACUUGAAAUUACGCUGCUGAUCGCGGACUACAUGAAUGCACUCGGACACACAGUGCCCGGCACGCCACAAAUGAAUACACUUACCCGUAAUGGGUCACAUCGUUCGUUGCGCACGCGACCAGCUGGCGGCACAGGUACAGGCACUGGAACGGGCACCGGUACCGUCACUGGGCUAGGUGGUUGUGGCACUACCACCGCCGGCAUGUCGACCAAUGCCACCACAACGGCGCACAAUACACUCAAUUCGCAUGCCACGCACACGCUUAAUUCAACACACUCACAUACGCUCAGCUCGUCGCAUUACAGUGGUGGCGCCACGCAUACAUUAGGCGGCGGCAGUCAUCAGGGCACCAUGAGCUCCUCACACGGACACGGGCACCAUCAUCAGCCGGACAUAUUGAAGAGUACGCCAGAUCAUCAGCGCAUAAAGUAGAGAGGUUGAGAGAGUGGGUGUAUGUACAUAAAAAGAAAUGCUAUGUGUAGAAAGUAAGCGAUUUAUCAACGACAUAAGCUAUGUUAAGCUUGCGAGACGUCUACAUUUUUAGCAAGUUGCAGACAAAACAAAGAGCUGGUUUGCUGCUUAGCCUCUUACUAUCUCUUUUUAGCGAUUAGGUAAUUAAUACCCAGCUUGAACCAGGUUUCGAUAGCGAACAAUAUAUUCCACCUAAACACUCCAGACCAAUCCAUCCAUUUCAAGUAGAUUUCCAUAAUACCAUUUUUAUUUCCUAAAAGAUACAUCCCCGUUAGCUUUAGGCUAAGCUCUUACUGUAGUGUGCAUACAAAUGUAUGUACAAUUCUCUAAACUCUUAAAAAGCCGCGUUUCCUGACCCUUGCGAAAAGUCAGUUAAAAUAUGGGAGACAUUUUGUUAAUUGGAAAUUUCUUCCAGAUCCCUGAUCAAUGAACGUAAGUCUUCUUAAAUCAGGAACUUGUUUUAGGAGUCAUCAGAUCGUAAUCGAGGAAACAAGACUUUACUAAGGGAAGGUUCCUUAGAAAAAGAUACGUAGAUAACAGUCGGUUCUACAUGCCGCAAAGUCUCCGCUUUUACGCAAACAAGAACUUAUUUUUCUAUGUAAAAGGAAAACUUAUUUUUCAUGGAUUGAACUCCACGAGGUGUAGAUUGCAUACUUAGAUAUGUUUCUCCUCAAAAAUACCAUUGUGGUCAGCUGAUUAAGGCAAGUGACAUUUUGACUAGUUUUGGCUAUAUUUCUUGUUUGUUUUUUGUUUAUUUAAUGUUUAU